GGCGCCAGUAAUUCUCGCAUGCGCAGUUUACUGACCUUCUCCGUGCGGCCUCGUCCUGCUGCAGACGAGGACCUUGAGUUGUGUUGUGAACUGUCAAACUCGUUUUGGUUACUAAAAGUCGCACCAUGCCCGGUGUGGUUGAGAUUCCGACGUUGCAGGAACUGAACGUCGAAGAGGUUAAUGUGUCGUCAGCCGUACUGAAGGCAGCUGCUCAUCACUAUGGCUCUCAAUGUGACAAGGCCAACAAAGAGUUCAUGCUGUGCCGCUGGGAGGAGAAGGACCCCAGAAAGUGUUUGAAAGAAGGGAUGAAAGUCAAUGAAUGUGCACUCAACUUCUUCAGGCAGAUAAAGGGGAACUGUGCAGAGUCCUUCACAGAUUACUGGACCUGUCUGGAUUACUCUAACCUGGCUGAGCUUCGCCACUGCCGCAAGCAGCAGCAGGAGUUUGAUAACUGUGUGCUGGAGAAGCUGGGCUGGGAGAGGCCAGAGCUGGGAGACCUUUCCAAAGUGACCAAGGUGGCAACCUCUCGGCCCUUGCCUGAAAACCCCUACCUUUCAAGACAAAGACCUGAACCCAAUACUCCAAUUCAGGCUGAGCUACAGCCAUCCAAGCACGGCAGCCGCUUGUUCUUCUGGAGCUGGUAAAGAGGGGCAGUCGCUGUCCUAUUAAUAUCAUGUUCACCAUCUACGUGCUUCUGACCAGACGAGAGACAGUGUGCCAGUGGUGGCGCUGUAGUCCUUAUGUGUUGUGUAGAAAUGUUAAUAAAUUUUGUUCAUUCAAACCAUGUUAUCGAAUUAAAAAUUUAAUUUAAACUUG